GAUUGUGCUGUAUAACUCACCGAAUUUAAAUACUACUGUCAACUGAAAAUCAUGGAAAACACAUCAGCUUCAGUGGACUUCCUCACAUCAACUGCAUCAUCAAACACUUCUGUUGUCGAUCAACAAACGCCCAAUGCCGUCCACACGUUCUCAGUCGUGAUCAACUUGAUCCUCGGCAUCAUCGGUCUAAUGGGUAACACCAUCGUCGUGCUGACAGUGCGCAAGACAAGAUCUUUCCACGACAUCACCCACUAUCUGAUCGUGAGUUUGGCCAUGUCUGAUUUCCUCUGCUGCUUGUUCUUCAUCUGCAGCAUCUUAUUCGUUGUCGAGGGCCGCCCAAUUCAAGUGGACAUCCCGCAGGGCUUCUUCGGCGAGAUUUUCUGCAGGUUGUUCUGGAGUCUGCAUCUGUUCUGGUCUGCGUUCUUCGCCUCUGCGUUCAAUUUAGUGGUAGUGACUUUCGAGAGGUAUUUUGCCAUCGUGCAUCCAAUUGCAUACGCUCGAUCCUUCACCAAGAAACGGGGCCUGAUGCUGGCCGUCUCGGCCUGGGCCCUUGGUUUUCUCCUGGAGACUGAGUUCCUGAUCAGGUUCUACGUGAACGACUCCGGAGAGUGCAUCUUCCCAGGUCUUGGCCCGGUCUGGUUCGCCAAGUUGAUGUUCCUGAAAUCCUUCGUCAUCAGCUUUGUGGCCCCCCUAAUAUUCCUGGUCUGGGCUUACUACAAGAUCCUCAAAACCAUCCGUCAGGCGGCGGCGAACUCGGAGUGCCAAGAGGGCAUGAUGGGACAGCAGAGGGCUGCGCUGCGCGAGGCGAGCCGCCGAGUUGUCCAAUGCCUCCUCAUCAUCACCACGCUCUUUAUUCUCCUCCUGCUGCCCUCAGAGCUGGGCAACGUCUUUUUGUUCUUCGAGUUGCCCGUGGACGCGCGCUUGGGGUUCUGGGAGGUCUUCCGGACCCUGACCGUCAUGAACUCGGUGGUGAAUCCCGUGGUCUACGCCAUCAGGUUGAAGAAGUUCCGUCGAGCCAUGAAGGCCACGCUCUGUUCCUGCGUGAAAACACAGAUACAGCAAGAGGAUUCGACUGACACCAACGGCAUUGGCUUGAACACAAUUUACUCUACAACUGCCCCCUGAGCUAGAAGAGUUUUAGUCAAACGGCUGAAUCAGAGUUAAUGGGGAUCAUUUGCCAGCCCCUAUACUCCACCCCAUGUUUUUAAAUAUUGACAUUAAAAAAAACAUUUCCCCACACUAUAGACCCCAAGACACUGCCGCUGGAACAAACUUUUGCCAGGGGGUGCUUGAAUUUCUAAAGGACGGACUUAAUUUGGAAUAUGGAUGCUCUGUGGUACGGUGCAAUCUGAGGCGAUUCCUGGCCACUUUCAUUUGAC